AAUGUAAACAAUGCCAACACGUGGGUUCAGCUGAAAUUGAAAUGAAUACAGACGACGAUGGCCGAUGAGACCAGCACUAAGACCAGAACUAUGCGCCUGGGAAUGUGCGAGGUGUGCGCCGCAAAGGAGGCCUGCUACGCAUGUCCCAAAUGCGAGGUGAAAACAUGCAGCCUGCCCUGCGUCCAGAUCCAUAAGAAGGAGCUCAACUGCGAUGGCCAGCGGGAUCGCACCAAGUUCGUACCGCUGAGCGAGAUGACCUCGCGGGAAUUCAUGAGUGACUACUGCUUCUUGGAGGAGUGCACACGCUAUGCAGAGAAUCGAAAAUCCGAUCCGUGCAAGCGAUUUACCCACGACCAAAGGAAUCUCCCAGUGACUCAACAUCGCAUGCGGAUGGCAGCCAAGAAGCGUAACAUUAAUCUGCGCUUGCAACUGGAGAAUUUCAGUCGGCACAAGGAGAACACCACGUAUCUAAACUGGAAACUGGGACGAUUCCAUUGGCGUAUAGAGUGGCUGUUUGCAAAUAUUCCAUACGAGGCAAGCCUUCCCCGGAAUGUAACUCGAUUUGUGGACAAGGAAUGCAAUGAGGAGCUCACGCUGCCCGAUCUGGUAGCCAAGUAUGUGGAUCUGCGGCACGAGACGGCACGGGAACAACGCAAACUGCUGGCCAACCAUCAGACUGCCGGUAUUGGUCAGCUGAGUUUUUGGCUUAGAGCCGAGGGCGUGCGACGCAGCUCUACGAGGUGUUAUCUCCUGGACUCGACCAAAACGCUGGCCGAGAAUCUAGUCGGCAAAACCAUCGUGGAGUUUCCCACCAUUUUGGUCACCUACGAUCCGAAGCCACCAGGAGGAUAUGAAGCCAUCGACAGCAGUGAGGAAUUCGAGGAAGAGCACGAAGAGCAGGUGCCUGUAACCAAACCAGGAACAUCCUCCAACGCAGUUGCGGAGGACUUAGAUGAUUCACAUGAUGUGUACUAUAAACUGGCUGCAGCAUUUGCUGGUGAAGAUGUUAGUGAGACUGAAGACGACGAAGAAUUCGAGGCACUCUACAGACAAAGUGUUGUACUGUAGAAACCAAGAACUAUAGUACUAUUGCCUGCCCAGAAUUGGUCACCAGCAAAACACGGUCCCGUGUAAUUAAAACAAUUAGCUUUUAUAUUUUUACAUAAGUUCUGUAUUUUCUCAUACGCAUUUGAUUUGAUUUUUAUUUUAGGCUUAUUAAACAUUAAUAAUUCAUACCACACUUCGUUUCGAUCUAGUUCCAUUAUUAUCAACAUCAUCAUAUUACCAAUCAAUCAUGAUCAUCAUAAUAUAAGUAUAUAUAAAGAAGUUGGAAAAAUCAAGUUACAGAGCCUUGGGAUUAAUCGUAAUUUGUGUACACAUUUUGAGUACAGAGUUUUGUGGUCAAUGCACAGCAGUUUGUCCCUAUUUGAAGGAUCUGUAGUUUAAUUUUGAUAUACCAAUUAGCAUUUCGAUUUGUACAGAAUACAUAUGUGUGCCAGUAUAUACCUAUAUAAAUUUAUUAUAUU